GGGCGCGCCGCCAAGCAGCGCCGCUGUCCCCGCACUGCGCUCCUAGCGGUCCCCGCCACCGAGCGCCCGCCGCGCCGUCGGAGCCCGACUCGCAGACGCUCGCCUUCGGUCGCAGCCGGCAACCAGCAGCUAGCGAGCGCAGGAGCUGGCGCUGUCCAGCCCGGGGUCCCCCGGUACAGCCAGUGAGGGGUGAGGCGCGGGGACGUCGGGGCGGCCACCAUGGUGGCCACGUGCCUGCAGGUGGUGGGCUUCGUCACGAGCUUCGUGGGCUGGAUCGGCAUCAUCGUCACCACAUCCACCAACGACUGGGUGGUGACCUGCGGCUACACCAUCCCCACCUGCCGCAAGCUGGACGAACUGGGCUCCAAGGGGCUGUGGGCCGACUGCGUUAUGGCCACGGGGUUGUACCACUGCAAGCCCCUGGUGGACAUCCUCAUCCUGCCGGGCUACGUUCAAGCUUGCCGAGCCCUGAUGAUUGCUGCCUCCGUCCUGGGUCUGCCGGCCAUCUUCCUGCUGCUCACUGUUCUCCCCUGCAUCCGAAUGGGCCAUGAGCCUGGCGUGGCCAAGUACAGGCGGGCACAGCUGGCUGGCGUUCUGCUCAUCCUAGUGGCCCUCUGCGCCAUCGUCGCCACCAUCUGGUUCCCCGUGUGCGCUCACCGAGAGACCACCAUCGUGAGCUUCGGCUACUCCCUGUAUGCGGGCUGGAUCGGUGCUGUGAUGUGCCUCGUGGGCGGCUGCGUCAUCGUCUGCUGCGCCGGAGACGCCCAGGCGUUUGGUGAAAACCGAUUCUACUACUCCUCCGGCUCCAGCUCCCCGACGCAUGCCAAGAGCGCCCACGUGUAAGCGCGCGCGGGCCGCCCUCCUAGGUGCUGUAGAGGCCGGGCGCUGGCCCUCGCUUUGCUUGCCACAGUGGCGGGGAAGCCCACUUCUCUGCCAGGCUCCAGAGCCAAAGGUGUAGAAAAGCAUCCUGUCUGGCCUCCUCUAGUCUUAACACCACUCCCACCCCCACCCCCGCCCCGACCUUUUGGUUGCCUUAAAAGAAACCUCUCGCUCCGAUAGUGCCCACACAUUUGUCUCACAGCGCCGCUCUUUUCUCGGGCAUUCCUUUGUUGUUUAUUAUUAAAACAAAUAUUUUGUUUCUCUCUAAAUCUUCAAUGUCUUGCAAACAGCUCCGGGUUGGGUGGGGGUGGGGGAGAGAAAUAAAAGACACUUUUCAGGCUGUAACAGAGGACAGUGGGAGCCUCAUAAAGACGCCUCUCUGUUACCUCCCUUCUGUGAGCUCCAAGGUCAUUGACUUCUGAGGGAUAGAAACAGAAUCGGGGGCCACAGCGGGGGCGGGAGGGGAAUCCUGGAACUUGUUCUUUCCAUGGGAAAAUUUCUUUUUUGUAAGUUGAGGGCAAGGGGUGGGGAUAUUUUUUGGUUUGUGAUUUUUACAUUUAUCUGUACAUAUUUUUCAAGAUUGAUCAUUUUUAUAACCAAGGUUUCCUGAAAUUCUCCAUUCAUCCAUAUGAAGGAAAUGAACCAAAUAGACUUUAAUUAUGCAAUAAGUAACAGUCCAAGGGAUAUAACUUCAAGCGACAUUUCACAAACCUGCGUUGGUUUCCAGGUUUGUGUGAUGUAGUUUUUAAUCUUCUACUUGCCGAUGCUUCAGUUUAACACAUUUUGAAAGCUUUUCCCUGUUCUCUCUUUGUUUUCAUUCAGUUAGCAAUCUCUAAGGGAUGCUGACUAAUGUACAUUGUACUGUUGAAUGUGGCUGUACGGGUGUACACGCUGAUGGUAUAUCAGUAUCUGAGACCCUCAAACUCUCCAAACACUCAUGGUGCCUUUUGUUCUUUAAGUGAAAUCUGUGCAAUAAAAUAACAAACUGUCUGCAAA